AUGGUCCGACACAAGAAAGAUAACUUCUCCUCUCAAGGCAAGAAAUAUAGUAAUCCACCACGAACUCGAGGCCCGCGCAACGACUCCGACGAUGAAUCACAACCCCGCUCCUCUCGACCCUCCUUCAAAGCUGCUUGCUGGGAUCUUGGCCACUGCGAUCCGAAACGAUGUUCUGGAAAGAAGCUCAUGAAACUUAAUCUUAUGCGAGAGUUACAAAUUGGUCAAAAGCAUCAAGGUGUUAUUAUAUCUCCAAAUGCAAAGGCUACAAUAUCCCCGGCAGAUCGAGAAACUAUGCAGCAAUACGGUGCGGCGGUUGUAGAAUGUUCAUGGGCGCGCACAUCCGAAGUUCCUUGGGCAAAGAUAGGGGGGAAAUGUGAGAGGUUAUUACCAUAUCUCGUCGCGGCAAACUCGGUCAACUAUGGAAAACCUUGGAGGCUAAAUUGUGUGGAGGCUUUGGGAGCUGCGUUCUACAUAUGUGGAUUUGAGGAUUGGGCAGAGCAGAUUUUAGAGAAUUUCAACUAUGGCAGAUCGUUUCUGGAUAUCAAUUCAAGUCUGUUGAAGCGAUACGCAGCAUGUAAAGAUGAAGGAGAGAUUAAGAAAGCUCAGGAGGUCUGGAUGGAUAAGUUGGAGAGGGAAUAUAGGGAGAGUAGAGAGGCUGGCGCUGAUGGUGAGGAUGACAUUUGGAAGAGUGGAAAUACGAAUCAUAGAUUGCCUGAGAGUUCGGAAGAUGAGGAUGACGAUGAUGAUGAUGAUGAUGAUGAAGAGGGCAAGGAAGGUGGCGAUGAAGUCGAUGGGAUCUACCUCGGUAAAGAACAACCAAAAAGAAAACCCCUGGCUGACGAUGAUGAGGACGAGGAGGAGCAAGAAGAUAAAGAUCCUUUUGCUAUCUCCGAUGACGAGGAUGACGAAGAAGAAAUGGCAGAAUUACGUCGACGAGUUCUCGCCUCCAAACCCUUUGCAAAUCCACAAAACACUAGUCAAAAAGCAGCUCCAGAGAAAAUCUCAAGGCCGGUACCAUUGAAGGAAGACUCGGAAGUUGAAGCAGAUUCGGAUAACGGAGAAGAUGACGAAUUUGACAACAUCAUUGAUGCUACUCCUGUUACAGACAGGACUGGUAUACUGGCAUCAGAGAAAGCCAAAAACGUGGCUCCAACUAUUGCCAGUGCGACCUUUUCCCGGACGGUCGUUGGCGCACCGAAAAAGUGGUAG